UUGAAAAAUGGAAUUUCAAUCGAUAAUCCAUAGUAACUGGUAAUCAAUACAUAUAACACAGAGCAGUGAUUCUCCUAAAGUUCGAUUUAUGAAAAGUUUGUGGAAGCAUCAUUUGUAAAGGAGAUAAUUAAUAUUUGGUUUUUAAUAUGGAGGCUACAAUGAAGACAAUUUUCCCGUGCCUAUUUCUGAUAGCAGAAUUUAUUCCCGGUGUGAUCACCGAGGAAUACUGCUCUCUUUUUACAUAUUGUGAGGAUGGGUACUACUGUUGUGAAAAUGAUACCAAAUGCUGCUCUGAGAAUAUAUUGACAAUAGGAGCAAUAAUUGGUAUAGUGAUAGGCUGUAUCGUCUUCAUCAGCUGUGUCGUGGCUGUAAUAUGCUGCUUAACUAAACAAAGUCAUCGAAAGGGACAAGUCAUUCAACCGGUACAACCAGCUGGUGUAACAGUUAUAACAACUGGACAGCAAGGGCCUCCCGGAUACAGCCAAUCUGGCUAUGGCCAACCAAUGUAUGGACAACAGCCAAUGUAUGGUCAACCACAAAUGAAUGGCCAACAACCUUUCGCGCAGCAACAAUCUGGUGCCCAGCCGCCACCAUUCGGUGAUAAAGCGGGAACAAGCGAUCCUGCAUAUCCACCGCCACCGCCAAAUUACUAGUGCGAAAAAGAUGGCAAAAUUCAAUAUUUCUUAACCUUUAUAUUUACAUAUAUCUUUGUCUUCCCUUCUUUAAAUGUAAAAUCAUACAAUAGUUUAUAUUACAAUAUACUAUGUAUAUCUAUGAUCAUUUCAUUGUAUUUUACCAUUGCUAUUUCAUGUUUGUUGUAUUAUGUUGUAUUUUGGGCCGGAGGCCUAUGUUACAUAUAUAAACUUUACUUAUUAAUCAUACAAUAGAACAUACUCAUUUAAAGUCUUGUGGAAUGAAGUAAUGCCAGAACAUGUACACAGCUAUAUACAUAUACAUAGUGUAUAUGAAUUUUGUUUUAAUAUAGAUGAAAACAAAUACAUUUGUACCGGAUAUUUACCUUUCCACUAGUGUAAAUAUCAUAGCGGUUUUAUCCGUGGUGAUAUGAAUUAAUGUUUAUUGUGGUGUACCAAUGUGUGAUUCAAUAAAAUAUUUCAAUGA